CCUUUUCUUUCUAAUCCCUUUACAUUUCAACUGUCAGCAGCAAGUGAACAGACAACAGAAUGGCUCCUUCUUUGAUUUCUCUACCGCCUGAGAUGAUCUCCAUGAUAUUUUCAGAUCUCCUACUAAAAGAUAUCCUCCGUAUUCGGCUGACUUGCAGACUUCUGAAUAGUCUAGCACACCCCCUGUUUGUUCGUUGUUUUUAUUUGGAUACCCGUUACAUCAUGGUUGAGAGACGAGCUCUAGCGAACCUCGUCACUCUUUCAACGGUUCCUCGCCUUACGACAUCUGUACAAAAGCACAAUAUCCACAGCUUCGCACUUUCACCCUUCGAAAAAUUGCCAAAUCCACAGAGAUCACCUCCAUGGGCAGAGUUGGGCGCUAGCUCCAAAUUAAUCCAGAGCAUUAUACCAUUCAUUCUUCUUACUUUAGCAGCUUGUCAACUACAAGUUGGAGGGCUCAAUAUUUCCACCCGGUUACUGGCUCAAAAUGCCCGUUGUAUUAGCCCUAGUCUGCUACCGCCUCGGCUGGAAUGCCCUCCUGUUACGAACCUUUGCUGCUUUCACCUCUGCAUUGAUGAAAGGCUCAGCGACAGGAUAAGCCUCGACGAAUCUCUCCAUCAGAUUCCGGCACUGUCUGAUUUCACUCUUGAAACUUACAGCGAAAUUUCAACCAACAGAUUGGCGGGUAUCCUUAGGAAUGUCACUAUUCCUCUGCUGAGGAGAUUCACUCUCGUGAUGGUGGGAUGCCGGGAGGGUGAGCUGGAAGACUACCUCGUCAGGCAUGCGAAAACGCUUAGGGAACUGGAUCUUGCGCGCUUUGUGCCAAACGGGGACAAACACCGUCGUCGUAUUGCUCAGUCAAUUAUUGAAAACCUACAAGUGCUUCGUUUGUCCCUUGACAAUGAGAGCUGGCACUCCGAAAACGGAGGAGACCGUCACGAUAGCUUCAAUUGCCACCAAGGCGUCUGGGCUUAAUCUCUCUUACAGGUAGCCCCGAUGUCAAGAUCUGGGCGGCCAGAGUACCAGUUUGGAGUGGCUCAAUGGGGUAUCCGAAAGAUAUUGCCACUGGUCAACUGUCGUAACCCUAGCGAGAGCAUGGCUAUGUAAUGAAGAUGGCGGAUACUUCUUUCCUUUCCUCGUCGCUCCCUAACUCUGAUUUUGGUAUGAAUACUUACCUUCAUCUUGGAACUUGUGGACUUUGCUGGUACAUUAGAAGGAAGAGCAGUAAGAACUUCGAUGCCCAUGCCAAGAUUAGUGGAGUGAUCUUUAUCCUCGAAGAGGGCCUAGUACAAGCCGUAUGGCAGUGAAUACGGCGACUAUAUCCAAUCAAUACAGGGCCGAGAGAGUAACUCAGUAAUAUGCCGGCGUCC